CACCCUCACGACAACAUGGAACUCGCGGACGUGCCGAGGCACAGACCCCUCGCUUUCGAUAAGAUGGAAAAUUUGAUAAAAGAGAUGCAGGAUCCAGAAACCGGCGUACCAGUUCGGAGUCAAAAAUUGUUUCUUAGUGUUAUACCUUCGGCUUUUAUGGGAUAUGAUCUUGUUGAAUGGCUUAUGGAGCGAUUUAACCUAGAUGAAACUAGUAACGUUGAAGCAAUACAUUUAGCCAAUCAACUAUGUCAAUAUGGUUACUUCUUUCCUGUCAACGAUUCGAAAAACCUUGUGUUAAAGGAUGAUUCUUCUCUUUAUAGAUUUCAAAGUCCUUACUAUUGGCCAUGGCAAGGUCCACGCGUUGCGGGAGCCGGCUCGAGCGCGCCCACGCUCGGGCCCGACAACGUGGAGUACGCCAUCUACCUCGUCAAGCGCACACUACGAAACAAACAGCGCCACGGUCUUGAAGACUAUGAGCAAGAAGCGCUCGCUAACUUGAAGAAGAACCUUGCCGCCAAAUGGGACUUCAUUACUAUGCAGGCGGAGGAGCAGGUUCGACUGGCAAAAGAUCGGAAGAAAGGUGACAAGAUAGUGAGCGACAGUCAAGAACGCGCCUACUGGCGAGUGGCGCGCCCUCCGCCCGGUGUGCCGAGCGCGCUCGAACCCUGCCCCGUACCGGUGCGCGCUCGACAUCCGCGCCUCAAGAAGCGCUCGAUGCAGCAACUUACACGAGAGAUCGAGCUUCUUAAAGCUAGUUUAGAUCGUACGAGAGUAAAAACUUCUAUCGCACUUGAUGCCCUAGUAGCGUACACAGAAACCUUCGCCGCAUACGAUACCUGGCUAACACCACCACAACCUUCUAAUCCUUGGAUAAGUGACGACACACUCUUCUGGCAGAUCAACAGUCCUAUUGUGGAAGUUCCAAGUGAAAAGCGCGUGCAGAGAUGGGCACUUUCCAUGGAAGAAUUGGUAUCGGAUCCAACUGGACUACAAGAAUUUACUAGUUUCCUUCGAAAAGAAUAUUCUCAUGAGAAUAUUCGAUUUUGGCUGGCUGUAAUGGAUUUACGACGAAGUAGUACUAAACAAAUUCCCAAAAAACUCGAUGACAUUUAUGAGGAGUUCCUAAAGCCAGGCGCACCUUGCGAGAUAAACAUCGACGGUGCAACAGCGGAACGGGUAGCGGAAGGUAUCCGCAGUGGUUCUCGGUAUGCUUUGGACCACGCAGCGGAUCACGUCUACGGACUACUGCUCAAAAAGGACUGCUAUCCGCGUUUCAUCCGUUCAGACCAUUUUCAACGGCUACUCACUGAGGGACGAAAUGUUCAUCAGAAGAAAGCCAAAUUUUUCAAUUUCGGCGGGCAGGUGAAAAAGAAGCCUGGUUCUACAAGCGGCAGCGGUGGCAGUGGUAGCGCGGCGCUCUCUCGGCGCCGCGGCUCCGACCGCUCGCUGUCAGGCUCCGCCCACGAGCUCGCCGUGUGCGCGGUGCAGCCCCCUCGCGCACCCGACCCGCCGCCUCACAGCCACAGCCAGUCCAACCUCUGCGAUAUCCCCUUUAGGGAUCCCCUCGACGAUGAUACCGCUGACGUGCUUCCUUGGGAGAGUGCAACACGAGAUACGUCAUACGGAACGACGAGACGAAGACAAGAUUCGACAGCUGAUUCCGGCAGCUCCUCGUCGGACGUCAGCGCGGCGGUGGUGGCGAGCGAGCGCACGCGGCGGCUGCCGCAGCAGAGCACGCUGGACGGCGGGCUGCGGGGCGCGCCGCCGCCGCUGCGGCGCCUGUCGGCCGUGGAGCCGCGCCACCUCGCGCCGCUCACGUCGCCCCCGCACUCCCCGCGGCAGCCGCGCGUGGCGCCCGCUCCACCCGUCGUGGCGGCACCACUACCGCACCAUCCGACACCCACAAUAAGCGUCAGUUCGGCACCAGACGACGAAUCGGCAGAGUCACCUACCAGAACAGCCUCGCCCGACGACCGUCGCUCUAUAGCUCACUCCGAGGAGCCAUCGUCGGUGUUCGCCUCCGCAGACGUAACGCCCACUGAACCUGCUCAAGUAUUCGCUGAACGUUGCGCGAUGGUUGUAGACGCUAAGGAGGCCGGCAAUACUAAUACUAAUGUUUUAAGCGUGGAUGUACGAACGUCAUCUAUCGAGGUGCCGACAGCUACCGCAUCGGUGGAAUCUAACGUUGACUCGCAUACAGAAUCGAACAAGACUUGUGAAAAGCCAAAGGCAAAUUCACAGACGGACUCGAAAAAGGAAAUAACGCAAUCAUCCGAGGAUGAUGUUGCGUCCGUACGUCUGCCGUCCCGAGAGCCGUCAGAGACGCGAGAUAUUCCUCCGACGACCAGCAAGGAAGAAAUUGUAGAAAGAAAGGAAGAGGAAGUAAAAAAGAAAGAGAAGGAAGGCGAGACCGCAAGUGUUAUGUCGAGUGUUGUAUCGGUGUCGGAGUGUAGUAAGACGGAAGGUCCGGAGGUGACAACUGGUGCCCUUUCGGCAGGGCGAGCGCCCGUGGCGCCGCUUGCUGUCUGCGAGGACAUCGGUGUCGACGAUGACAACGUAGACAAAGUGCCUUCGGUGCCACCGCAAAGACUCUCCGUAGAUUCCAAAGCGGCGUCCGAGUCAGACGCGACAAAAAAAAUUGCUCAUAGAGACGAACUGUCGUCGGUUUCUGAAUCCGAUAUUGUUAUGCGUGAUAGUAAAAGUGGAGUCAGUGAGCGUAAGCAGCGAAACGACAUUUGUCCCUGGGAGGACGAGAAUCCCUGCGAGAGCGAUACUCCGUUCGUUAAAACUUACGCUACACUCGGCUACUUAUAGUUUAUAUAUGUAGAUAAAAAAUCAGAAUGUUGUAAUGUCAGGGUUUAAGUAAAUAAUUUUUAUGUUUCAGUAAUAAAAUGUAGAUUAAAUUAUUAUAAUUAUGUAACUAUACGAAUACUUUGAAGUAAAUGAUCGUUAACUAUUAGAAA